GCCAAUGAUCAUUUAUUGAUUAAUUUUUGAACCAAAACACUCUAAGGACAUGAAUCUCAUUGAAAUAUCACAAUUUCUCUGUAUGGAUAUUAUGUAUUAUUAUGUACUAUGUAUUACAUGUACUAUUACAAGACACACAAGGCCCCUAAUGCUAAUGCCACAUAGUAAGUGCCCAGCCAAAGCUAUCAGUUAUAUGAAAGAAAAAAAGAGCAUGGAAAAGGCGUAAGGUGUAAGGUUCUUACACACAAAUUUUUGCUAUAAUUGUUACGUCACCCUUUAUGGUCACAAUCUUUUAUUCUUCUUUCUGAGCUACUAUGAUGGUCCCUUAGUUACAGUGGCCAUGGCAACGCGGCCCGCCGUCCCGGAUUGGACGGUUCACGGGCUCCCCCUGGAGGCCGCCUUCCGAUCCUGCGGCAGGACGACGGGGCGGGCCUUUACGACAGGCGAGGGGGAGCCGGGAGUUGUAGGCGAUGAGCGUGGCUUCGGAGCAGUGCAGGCCGGGAGUUGUAGUUUGCUGGCGAGGUGGUUGGCCGCCCCAUACAGAGCGCCGGCCUCACCCGGAUGGCGGCUACGGCGCCUGGCCGCCGACCCUGGGGCUCGCUCCUUGGGCUGCUCGGGCUGCUUGGGCUGGCCUCGACCGCCUCCUGGGACCUGGCUUCGCUGCGCUGCAACUUCGGCGCCUUCUGUGAAUGCGACUUCCGGCCCGACUUGCCGGAAGGAUCUUAAGAGCUGGGUCCAGGGGAACCUCACUGCCUGCAGCCGCUCCCUGUUCCUCUUCGAUGAGAUGGACAAGCUGCCCCCAGGCCUAAUGGAGGUCCUGCGACCUUUCCUGGGCUCCUCAUGGGUUGUGUAUGGGACCAACUAUCGCAAAGCCAUCUUCAUCUUCAUCAGCAACACUGGUGGCGAGCAGAUCAACCAGGUGGCAUUGGAGGCGUGGCGUAGCCGCCGGGACCGUGAGGAGAUCCGCCUGCAGGAGCUGGAGCCGGUCAUCUCCCGGGCUGUGCUGGACAACCCGCACCAUGGCUUCUGGCACUCGGGCAUCAUGGAGGAGCACCUCCUGGACACUGUGGUGCCCUUCCUCCCACUCCAGCGACACCACGUACGGCACUGUGUGCUAAACGAGUUGGCUCAGCUGGGCCUGGAGCCAAGGGACGAAGUUGUCCAGGCUGUGCUGGACAGCACCACCUUCUUCCCUGAGGACGAACAGCUCUUCUCCUCCAAUGGCUGCAAGACCGUGGCUGCCCGAAUCGCUUUCUUUCUCUGACUCCCGGGUGGCACCCUUGCCUUUCUCUACCUGGCUGGGCCAUGCAGGAAAGGCCUGGGGCCUCUGUCAGAGGGACCCUUGUCCUGAGCCUCCAGGAGAGUGGGACUCAGAGCACAAAGUGAAGAUGAAGAGAGUGUUGGCCAGGACAUGGGACAGAGGGCCGGGAAGGGCCCUGACCUCUUGACUGGUUUGAGGGCAUCUUGGCCCUUGCUGCCUUCCCCAGGGAAACCCCCGGCCACCCCAGAACCUUACUGAGCCUUGACCUCCCCCUCCAGCCUGAGCCUUCUUAACAUGAAUUGUAACUCAGGGACUGUGGCUCGUGGCUGCUCCCUCCCGCCUCGGUCUGUUACCUUGCCCCUUGCUCUGGCACGCUCCCCCACUCUCCACCCCCCACCCUGUGUCCCAGUAUCACAAAGCCAAGCCAGAACUUCUCAGUUUCCAUGAAUGGAGGGACUCAAGUUGCCACUGGGCCUGGUUAUAGAAGUUUUUAAUUUUGUAAAAGAGAACAAGUGUAAUAAACUUAGCCAUGGGACCAGAGAAA